AAAAAAGAAUAAUUGUACUAUUUCUCACAGGCACCUUGUCGUUAGCAACUAACAGCAGGGGAUGUUGAUAUUGGACACGGCAGAAUCAAUCCAAAAAGGGAUUUCAUGCCACAACGAUUGCAGCCCUUUUCUUAUCCAAAACACACAGAUGCUAUCUCUGCUCUCAAGACCAAACUUUUUCUCUCAACAGAUUCAGCAAUGCAUUGCUCAGUUCGGGUGUUGUACCACAAUCUCACGCCAAUAAAACAGCCAUUGGCGCCUUGUGCAAGAAUUUCACCUUCUUCUGGAUCUAAUCCAAAUCCAAAUCCCAUCCUCCGACGAGAUUUUGCAUCCUCAUCCUUGCUUUUACUCUUGAUUACCCCCAACACCAACCCACUGAGAGCUGAAACGAUCAGUCCCAACUGUGCAGAUCCUGCUCCCACGAAGCAGGCAUUUAUCGAUGUGUCUGUAGACGGAGAGGCUAUUGGUAGGAUUAUCAUUGGAUUAUACAGCGACAGUGUCCCUGCUGGUGCUGCUAGGUUUGGCGAUAUUGUAAGUGGAGCGGGCGGCGUGAGCUAUCGCAGAAAAGAGUUUGUAAAAAUCAUGCCAAACUAUGUGCAGCACGCGGGACUGAGAUCAUAUGGUGCGGAUGCAGAGCUUGCGAGGAAAACGGGGAGGGAAGUGGCAGUGGAUAGGCUGGUUGAAGAAUGGGAGAAACAAAAUGAAAAUUGUACAGGAACCAAGAAUGUGGCGAGGAGCGUGAGCAUAAUUGUGAGAGACCCAUCAAAACCACCCCCAAAACUCAAGUUGGUUGCCCGGAAAGGGAAGCUGGAAAUUGAUCAAGAAGAGGUCGGCAUGGAUCCUAAUGGCACCGAGUUUGUGAUCGCUACUAAAGACUCACCGGAGUUGGAUGGCUCGGCUUUGGUUGUGGGGACGGUCCUGCAAGGAAUGGAUGUUGUCGACAGAAUCAGCCGAGUGAAGACCGUGCAAGAGAACUCCACUUCGCCAUACUUCAGGGUAGCAAAGCUGAUAGGAGACAAGAGGGCUGUAGUAGCAGAAAGAGGCUUCAACCGGCCGUACUCAAAGGUUGUGAUCACAAAUUGCGGACUCAUAGGAUGACUUCCACUACUUUAAAAAUCUAAUUCAUUCUUUCAAGGAUACUCCAGGUAGUCCCUCAUGUUUCCAAGCUGUCACUAUCCCAGGCUGUGUAUUUCUGGAGACGAUCAUAAACAAAUUCAUGUAUCAAUGUAAUAUGAUUCUCUUUUAUGUUUUUAUA